UGUCGUCAAAUUAUGUGCUGAUCUUCUUCCAUCAGAUUGUAGUUGUGUCUACCAUUUUAUUCUUGAAUAUUGGAGAUUCCUACUGUGUUUCCUGUGUUAUUCUCUUGUAUUGUGGAUGAAAUAUCGGAAGAUUAGGCCUGGUUUAUAAAGGAACUGCGACAUUACUUUUGCUUUUACAUGAUUUGUUUUCAAUGGUGAAACUGUGCUAUUCUAGUUGAGAUUUUUUAGUUUAGAAGACUAACUUGGCGUCACGGAUACAACUAGUUCAGUGGUAAAUCAGGUUGCGGUCCAUCUAGAUCUACGUCUAAACUAAUAUAUUGUGUACCACCCUGUGCUUGGAUUCGCUGGCUGCCUUCAUAUCUGCCGGAAAGUGGAAGCUCGGUUCAAAGUGUGGGAGAGAUCAAACAGUGGACGAGCUGCAAGCUGGAAGGCGUCGUUUGAUUUUUGGGCUGAUCUUUUCUUAAAGAUCAAUCACGGCGGCGGCGGCGAAACCAGCCAAGGAAGCUGUACCUCUAUCCUCAACAUCGCGCCAAAUUGAUGUAUCAGACUUGUGUUUAAGCUCACGUGGCAAGUUGGACUAAUGGAACAGCAACUUUCUGAGAAAAGAAAGAAAACAAAGCAGAACAAGUCCAACACCAUCAAUGACUCUAGCUAUGGUUCAAUGAUCACAGG